AUGUCAAAUUUAGAAGAACUCGGUUUGUAUAUUGCCAAUCCGAUUGGACCAAUUAUUGAUGGUAUUAAUUUGAAAGAAAAUAUUUUCAAUUAUAUGCCAAAAUUAAAGAAAUUUGAAUUUGAUAUUCAUUCAUAUAUUCGUCUUAAUAAUCAAUUUAAUUUACCAUCAAAUGAAGAUAUUCAAAAUACAUUUAAAAAUGUAAAAAGCAAUCAAAUAAUUUCAUCUAUUGAUUAUUUUCCAAAAACACAUCGAUUUCAUUGUCAUGUUUAUUCAUAUCCAUAUACAUUGAUGUAUUAUCAAAUAAUAACGAACAAUUUUCCUGGUGGAUUAUUUACAUGUGUUCAUCACAUAUCAUUAAUGGAUGAACGUCCUUUCGAACAUGAAUUUUUUCUUCAAAUUGCUAAAUCAUUUCCAUUUAUCAAAGACCUACGUUUAUAUAAUUCGGAACCACAAAAGAAUAAUAAACAACAACAGUCAAUUAUUGAAUAUCCUUAUCUUAUUGUACAUGAUCUUCGUAAAAUUCAUGCAAAUUAUCUGGAACUAUUUUUGAAUGAUACUAAAAUGUCUUUAUUAAAUGAUAUUAUUCUUCAUGUGAAUUAUGAUUUAUUACAAAGUGUAACAGACAAUUUUACAAGAGAUGCCACACGAAUCAAUUGUUCCAAAGUCCAACGUCUAUUCUUAUACAAUAAACAAGAAUUAUCUCCAGGUCUAAAAGACUAUUUUCCUCGUGCAGCAAUAUUGUGA